AUGAAGACGAGUGGCGAGGCCAUGCUUGGAACCGGGACAUAUGCAGUGCGGAAGAGGAGGAGGCCAAGUUCCAAGCGGCCGGUCCCUUCGCCGCCCGACGAUUCGAGCAACGGCAGCGCCUCGAAGCGCCACCGCCAGCGACUGAACGCCGAGCUGGAGCGGCUGGCGGCCGCGCUGCCCCUGCCGCGCUCGCUGUCGUGCAAGCUGGACAAGCUGUCCGUGCUGCGCCUCUGCGUCGGAUUCCUCCGUGCCAAGCGCCACCUGCAAGGUGGCACCACGCAACAGCAGCAGCAGCAGCAGCAGCAGCUCGGCGCGCUCGACGGGUUUCUCAUUGCCGUUGCGAGCGACGGUCAGAUCUUCUACGUAUCGCCCAACGUGCAGCACUACCUGGGCUUCCCGCAGACCGACCUCGUCCAGCAGAGCGUGUACGACCUCGUCCACGUGGAGGACAGGGAGGGCGUUCAUCGCGAGCUCAGCUUGGCCCCCAGCGGAACCGAUGCAGCCCGGCUCACCGGUCGGCUCAGCCUUAAGCGCUGGCGCCGUGGGCUCGCCGCUCCCGGCGGCCGUGGCGGGCGCCCUGCCGGAGGAGAAGUCUCCGUUGCUGGAGCGGAGCUUCGCGUGCCGCUGCCGCUGCCUCCUGGAGUGUGCCGCGGGGUUCCUGAAGCUGCACGUGAGGGGACGUCUGCGGGUCCUGCACGGACAGACACCGCCCCCCAGCGCGCGCCCCCCAGGCUCCCGCAGGCUCUCCCGCCAGCCCCCCAGGCCCCGGCGGCAGCCCCACCUCAUCCUCGUCGCCGUGGCAACGCCCGCGGACCCCUCCUCGUCCUCGCCCGUCGCCGCCGGCGACGGAGGAGCGGAGUCGGUACCCGGCGGCCGCGCGACGCGAGUCAGGUGACCGCCGCCGGCGUUUUCGUUGCGCGGCGUGGGAUCGUCGUGCGAAAGGCAACCGCCCGCUUCACGCCGCUGCUGGUGGAAGGGGGCCUUCGCCAGCGUGGAGCCCCGGAGAGCCACGCCGGGCAGGGCAUCUGCGUGCCGAAUCUCUUGCACGCUUAUACGAAUAAAUAUUCAUAUAUCUUGCUUCUUUUUUUUUUCCGAAAAGUUUAUCCCAAAGUCGGGUUUGCACGGUUUGGCGACGUAACGGCGCGAGAGAGGUUCAGCACGCACGCGCAUACCCUGCACAGCACAACGUGCCACGGGACUAAAGAGUCCAUUUGGAUCUCACGCAGGGGCAUUGCGACUCUUGGCGCCGGAGAACGGGUUCCACGGAAGCGGACACCGUAGAGCUACCUCCCGAGAUCCUUUCACCUGACCUCUGGGCCACACGCAGCACCCCGCCCGCUGCCACCACCAGUGAUGUCCUUCGCUUGACAGAGAUCGGGAAAUUUUUGCCAAAUUGGGUCUCGAACCAAAUCUCAACGUGACUGUUUCUCGUUUUGUGACCGGGUGUGAGACCAUCAACUCAGCUGCGCUCGAGAACCCGGUUUAAUCGCAAACUCGGGCGAUGCACGUCUGUGGAUCUCUACGCGAGUCUAUGGGUAUCUGUGCGAGUCAAUGGCGAUUGGGCCGAGACCGUCAACUCAGGUGCACUCGUGAACCCGCUAUCAUCACAACUCACUCUACGCACGAGUCUACGGGGUCUGUAUCUACGCUAGUCCGUGGGUCUCCACGCGAGCUCUAUGGGUCUCGGUCUAAUCGAUUGGUGAGCGGGCUGGACUUGUCGGCUCGCCACGUUUGUCGAACCCAGGUUCUCGGCGACGUUGGCCCGGCGCUCUGAUGUUCGCGUACGACAGCCAAUAACCACGCGGUUCAUCCGUCCCUCUGCGGCAGCGGCCUGGACGGGGACGGCAGGCGCCGGCACAGACUCGCCCGGAGCUCCUGCGGCUCGUCCUCCUCCUCCUCCUCGUCCUCCUCCUCCUCCUCCUCGUUGUCGUCCCUCGAGGCGACUCCCCGCGGACCC